UUUCGUAAACCCAAUCGCUGAUUGGAUAUUCGUUUAAAGGACCUCGGUCUGAUUGGCCAGCAUUAUGUCGAUAUUGGCCAAUCUUUGUCGAGCAGAACUUUUGAAAAUCGUAGCGUGUGGAUCAUAAUGAAUGAACGAACACAUGAUGCUGUGACUCGCUCCAUAAGUCCAAAAGAAAGGCAAAACGUUGACAGACAUGGAGCCAGCCGAGCUUCGGUGCACCGUGGCCGUGGAGCGUUUGAAUCCAGCCGGCCAAGCCAUCAAACGCCAGCACAUCCGCAAAGCCGCCGUCACAUUAGGCCGCAACGAGUUUCAGGAGAUCAUCCUGCGCGUCCACGAUGGGAAAGCUCCUCAAAACUUCAUGCUGCGUGAUUUCCAGCUUUUUACUCGCUUCGCAAAGGAUGGCAAGUGUUCAGUUAAAUUCGUACCACAGAACACGCAGGUUCUGAUCUCUGACUGUCCGCCGGAUCAUUUAAAAAUGUUCCUGAAGACGCUCAACAUCAAACACCAGGCGUCCCAGAGCAUCAAACCCAUGAGUGAUGGAGCCAAACUACGAGCUGGCCUUCCUCGAAGCUUUGAGACCAUUAGUCCUCUCCAGCUGAAAGAUGUGCAUAAGGCAAACGAGCUGAGAAGUAAAGUGAAUGCCUCAUUCCAACUCAAAGGUCCCUCUGAGCGUUCUGUCAAUAAGACCUUGGGUGAAAGAAAACAAGUGAAAAGACUCAGACCUGAUUGUGACACUAGUCCGGUUAAAGCGCUUCACCCCAAUAAAAAGCCAGUCUUGGUUCUGCCAUUGACACAAAAGCUGAGCAAAGAACAGACUGCAGUUCUCAAUGCAGUCUUGAGUGGCAAGAAUGUGUUUUUCACAGGCAGUGCAGGUACAGGGAAGUCCUUUUUGCUCAAGAGGAUUGUAGGCUCUCUGCCUCCCAAAAGCACAUAUGCAACCGCAAGUACUGGUGUAGCAGCGUGUCACAUAGGAGGGACCACGCUGCACAAUUUUGCAGGUAUUGGGUCUGGCUCUGCUCCUCUUGAACAGUGUCUUGAGCUUGCUCAACGUCCCGGGGUGCUGCAGCACUGGACUUCCUGUAAACACCUCAUUAUUGAUGAGAUCUCAAUGGUGGAGGCAGAGUUAUUUGACAAACUGGAAGCCAUAGCCAGAUCCAUCAGAAGAUCCAAUGAACCGUUUGGAGGGAUUCAGCUGAUAGUAUGUGGGGACUUUCUUCAACUUCCACCAGUCACAAAAGGAAAAGACAAGCCUAACUUUUGCUUCCAGUCAAGAAGCUGGCGGAAGUGUAUCCAUAUGAACAUGGAGCUGAUGGAGGUGCGCAGACAAACAGACAAGGCCUUCAUCUCUCUCCUUCAGGCCGUGAGAGUGGGCAGAGUCACAGAGGAAGUAACCACACAGCUACUGAAAAGUGCCAAUCACCGCAUUGAGAGGGAUGGUAUCCUAGCAACCAGGCUGUGCACACACAAGGAUGACGUGGAGCUCACAAAUGAGAAUAAACUCAAACAGUUACCUGGGCCUGUUCGAGUAUUUGAAGCUUCAGAUAGUGAUCCUAUGCUGGUUCAGACCAUUGAUUCACAAAGUCCAGUUAGUCGACUGUUGCAGCUGAAAGUUGGUGCUCAGGUCAUGCUCACUAAAAACCUGGAUGUCCAAAGGGGUCUAGUGAAUGGGGCAAGAGGAGUAGUGAUUGACUUCCAGCCAGGCAGUCAAGGUCUCCCUCGUGUGCGAUUCCUCUGCGGGGCUGUUGAGGUAAUGAAGAGAGAGCGCUGGAUGUUUAAAGCAUCAGGGGGGCUAUACCUGAGCCGACAGCAGCUGCCACUCAAACUGGCCUGGGCCAUUUCAAUCCACAAGAGUCAGGGCAUGACUCUGGAUUGUGUGGAGAUCUCCCUGGCACGUGUGUUUGAGAGCGGCCAGGCUUAUGUUGCUCUGUCCCGGGCUCGGAGUCUGGAAGGCCUGCGUGUGAUGGACUUUGAUCCACGAGUGGUGCAGGCCAACCAGAACGUGCUACUCUUCUAUAAGAAACUGAGGAAGGAGAGGCUCCUCAUGCAGUCCUCAAUGGAAGACUUUGUAGGACAAAGCAAUAAGGAGAAUGACCGUUGGUGAGGAUGAGACUUGAGGCUCCAGUUUUCAUAUGCACUGUGUGCAUGGAUAUUUUAAGUUUUUUUUUUUUUUUUGUUUGUUUUUUUCAGUCAUGUUUUCUGAUGUGGUAAAUUAUGAUCUCAUGUUUACAAGCUUUUCUUUCAGUUGAGCAAAUUAAUAUUUAUUUUUAUAAUGGCUGUUUGAACUGUUUUGUGGCAAUUUCUUUUUGUUUUUGUUUUUUCAUUAAAAUUUUGAUAUUUUAAUACUUUUUUAUUAGUUUGAGAUUGGGUUUUUUUUUUUUUUUUUGUUUAGUUGAUGGUUCCUAACUUCCUGUAACUGCAUAUGUUAAGUUUCCUAUCAUUCUUCCAUCAAAAUGUGCACAAAUUGAAAAAUGAGGCUUAACUCUUCUUUUUUUUGAAGAGAAAUACUUGACAACCAUUAUGAUCAGUUGAAAAAGACCCGGUAGAGUGCAGAAGAUAUACAGCCUUCAUUUUGAGUGGGAAAAAAAGCUGGUAAUUAGAAUACUUACACAUUGUGUUGAUUUAUUUAUUUUUUUUUUAAAGAUUUUUACUUCAGAAUAUGGAUGUCCACCUGGCAGACAAAAAAUGAGUGAAAAAUCUCUUCGACUUCCAUUGAAAGGCCCCAACACAUUUCUAGCGAUUGGGAUAUCAUAAAUAAAAAAGAAGCUUUGAACUCCUGGAGAAUCCAAAAGCAUUUAGGCCAGAGGUUAAGAUUAGUUUUUCACUGUUUGUAACUCUUAACUGGGGUCUGUGAGUGUGAGAAGUUUGCCAAAUAGCACUUAAAUGAUCGACUAUUGGAACAAAAUAAUGGUCAAAUAUUUCAAGAUAAUUUAGGAGACUGACAGAAAAUUGCAAUAAAUAACUUUCUAUAUAUAUAUAUAAGGGGUGUGACGAGAUCUCGUGCCACGAACUGAAUUGUUCUUCUCGUGAAAAGCUGUCUCAAGAUAUCCGCAUGACAGAGUGUGAGGGUGAAAUUAGCGUAGAAGAUGCCCCCACCACUUUUAAAUCGUUUGU